AUGGCAGGCAGUUCAGUGACGAAGAACGUCGAGGCGUGGGAGGUGGCUGUGAGCAGAUUCGAGAGACGCUUCAUGGCCACGCUUGUCCCCGACAUGAAGACGGGCGCCUUCUGCCGGAUCCUCCGCGACAGCCUGCGCGAGCACUUCUAUUUGAAUGCGGGGCGCUACCCCGCGUGCGAAGCCAUGCGCGAGGCAGCGAUGUUUUACCUGGAGGAGAGGGCCGACCCCGCGCACGCCGAGAGGGUCGACUCGGCCCCGAUGGGCGUGGAGCAGCGACUCCUCGCGCUGGAGCGAGGCGCGCGGCAACAAAGCAAGGGCUACGACGAGCACUCUGAGAAGUUCGACUGCUACUGUAACCUCUGCAACAAGGGCGGACAUAAGAAGGCAGACUGCUGGUGGAAUGAGAAGACCACGGGUGGCCCGAAGCAGUUGAGUGCUCUGAGCCAGGGCGAGAGGGCUGAGCAGCCCCCGUCAGGUGGGCGCGGAGCGUCUGCAUCGAGCGGCGAUCGACCAGCCUUGAUCCUAGAGCGCAGCGGAGACACGGGGCCGGCCUUGCCGCGGUUCCUCGCGAUGACGGAGGAGCUCGAAGAGGGCCCCGAACACGCUGGGACCGCGUUGCUGACCGUGAUGAGGAGCACCAGGCUGCUGAAGCGAGGCGAGGGGGCGGCCUGCCGCUCUGCGACGGGCGGCCGGGUCAAGACGACGGGCGCGCAGCUCGUGAUGUUCGAGACGGUGUGUGACAGUGAGGUUAUCGUGCGCGAGUUCGAAAUGGCCAAUGAGAGCUACCAGCCCGUUGGGAUGAUCAUCUCAACGGGCAACGUGACCAGCAACGGCUGCAGGAUCGUUCUGGGCGACGACGGCAGCUGCGUUGAGGACAGGAAGAGCGGCCAGCGACUGGUCGUGUACAAGCAUAAAAACAUCUACGAGCUGGAGGUCGACAUCAUUGACCCCGACGUGCGCGACGACGUGGAGGCCGCGGUGCUGCCCAUCGAGAGGAGGGAGGUGAAGGAUGAGGAGCCGACCGCGAGUGUCGAGCUCGGCGGGGCACGGGCGAUCCGCCGCAGGAAGACUCCCAGGCAGCCCGGCGCCCAGGAGAUCGAAGCCCGCAGCAUCAGCCACGUCCCGCAUCUGGACUCGUGCUCGGUAUCCGUGCACGGGCGAGGCAUCCUCAUGCCUCGUGAUGCCUCGUGGUGGCUGGCGGCGAACGCCGAGCUGGGCGGGCGCGCGGGGGCCGCCCUGAACUCCGACGGCGAGCCCGCGGUGCUCAAUGUGAAGCAGCGGGCGAUGGCUAUGAUCGUCGGCAUCAGGCUGGUGCCAGAAGUGAAGCCGAUCAGGGGCUCCAAGAGCAACCUCGACGCGGGGCCCGCCAACGGCGCGGCGGCGGGCCUGCUCAGGUGCCGCAGGGCGCAGCUCGACAUGGGCAUGGUGCACGUGGUGCGGUGCAGACCAGUACCCGUCGGGAAAAGCAAUGCUGCGAAGAUGGGGCCCAUAUUCAUCCCAGGGAUCUUCCCGGGGCUAGUCGAGCGCGCGGGGCAGGUGAUCAUUGGGGCCUCCGAAGGAGCCGCGGUGCGGCGCCGUGACUGCAAGAGGCAGCCGCUCGAGAGCCAGUGGAAUAAGGAGCUGGAGCUGGGCCUGAGGGCGCCGCCUUGGGCCCCGAGUGGGAACGCGGAGUUGGGUGGCAGCCGACUGCCGAGAGCGACGAUGCGGAUCGAGGCGGCCGCGCCUGGAGGGGCCCUCGAGCCCCCGCCUGGACUUGCGCCCAGGCGGCCAUCGCCCAGGCAGGUGUACGUGACGGCGCGGCUGCUGAACAAAUUCGGGAGGGCUCCAGGCCGCGCGGCCUGCGGGGGGCGCGCAGUGGCCCGCGCGGACGCGUGCAGGGCGCGGGUGCUGGGCGAGGCGUUCGCCGACCGGAUGGAGCGCGCGCGGCGCGAGCUCGACUGCCUGGGGGGAGGCGCCGAGGCGGCCCGGCCGUCUGGAGCUGCGGGGUCGGCCGACCAGGAGGAGACCGACGCGCGCGCGGGCGCGCAGGAGACCCCCGCGCAGCCCUCGACCGACAUGGGCUUGACUGACGAGAAGCGGCCUCGUGGGGCCGCCGAGGACGAGGUGGGGCCUGCGCCCGAGAGGGCGGUGCUAGCCGUGGUGCCCGAGGAGGAGAGCUUGGACUGCGAUUCCGAGCUCAGCUUCGCAUCGAUUUACGUGGGAGAGAUCGCUGGGCUGCCACUCUCCGACCUGGAGGUGGACGAGGCCAUGGGGGUGGAGAUGCUAGGGUACGACAAGCACGAGGUCUACGAGGAGGAGGUGAUCAACAAGGGGGACUCGCAGAACCGCCGCGCGAGGGCGAGGCUGAUCACGCGCGAGAUGAAGAAGGGCAAGCCUGGGUGGGAGACGGCCUUCGCGGGCGCCCCGCCUCCGUGGGCGAUGCGCGGCGCGCUGGCGGCGGCUGGGGACAUCCCGGGCGCGCUGGUGGGCGACCUGAUCGAACGCCUGAAGAUGCAGGGGGGCCUGGGCAGCGCGUGCCUCUUCCGCGACGAGGACAAGGAUGCGUGGCUGGUCUGCCAAGGAGACGACGUGGCCAUCGAGGGCAGCGAGGCCGAGCUGGACCUGAUGUCCGAGGAGCUGGGCAAGCGCUGCGAUAUCGCGGUGACGGCGACCGGCCCCGACGAGAAGGACGACGCGAUCGGCAUCCUGCUCAGCGGGCCCGCGUCCUGGAAGAAGGGGGGGCUGCUCUUGGGGUGCGACCCCCUGGCAGAUCGAGCCGCUGCGAUGACAACAUGCAGGGGUGCGGCGGCCAUGAUCGGCUACAUCUCCCACGACAGGCUCGACCUGCUCUACUCGGCGAAGAGCUCCUUGCCUGCGAUGCAGGCGCCAACCGAGCCCGACCUGUGGCAGCUCAAGCACAUCGGCAGGUGCCUGGUGGGCGCGCCGAGGGUCGCGCUGGAGUUCGAGGACCAGACUCGGGCGGAGGUCGGUGACCCAGGCGAGCCCGGCGCCAUCGAGUGGCGAGGCCGAGUUGCACGGUUCGUGAAGGCGCGUGCUGAAGGACUUGGAGUGGUUUCGGGCUUCGGCGACCUGGGCGAGCAGAAGUCUCUGCGGGUUCGGGUGAACUCCUCGGCCGCGCUGGGCGUCGUGCGCAGGAUUGGCCUAGGGGAGCUCGAGCGCGUCGACGCAAUUUUUAUUUGGGUCCAGCACGCGCGCGAGCAGAACAAGCAGGCGGUUUUCAAGGUGCUGGGGGCCUCGAACGGCGCCAACCCCAAGUCGAAAUACGUGGGCAAGAUCUCGCACAAGUCGGACAUGGACAACGCGGGCCUCGUGGAGCUAGAGGGCCGCGGUGAGGAGGCGCCGCGCAAGGGCGUGGAUGCCGAGGCGAUCAGCGGGGCCUGA